AUGUAUCCUUUUCUCUUCUCUUCUCAACCCAGUCAUCAAAGCAGUCACUUUCUCCAACCCACCAUGGCCCCAACAAACAUCACCGACCCAUACGCGUGCUCGUCGUUCCCGACUUUGGACGGGGCGACCAAGGCGCCUCCCGCCUACUGGCCGCCAACGCUCAACUCGACGUCGGGCCAACGCGCAUGCGUCGCGUUUCCCAACUACUAUAUGGUGGAAUGUUGCGGAACAGCUUCGCAGGCCGUACAUGACCCAAAGUGCGGAUGGGAGGUGUGUAUCUCAACAACGACGGAUGCCCAGUGGGAAGAAUGCUUCAAAAAGCUGGAUGCACAGAGGGGCAACGUCGCGAAUAAGGGGUAUACCUAUAAUUGUGCACAGCAGGCAACCAAGGAGAGUAGUAAAGUGGAUAACAAGAAGAGUGGCGCGAGGAGGGCCGUCGUUGGUGCCGCCGUGGUCGGAGCCGCCUGUGCUGCCCUCGCAGUGCUCUAG